AUGGCAGACGAUGGGGAUGUUAAACAGGAAAUACUCCAAAAGACCCUUAGGGAGGUAGCUGAUGAAGAGGCCGAGGGUAAUCCGUGUGUGAUUUGUUUGGAAUCAAUCACGGAACCAAGUAUCGCAAAGCCAUGCAACCAUACCAACUUUGACUUCUUAUGUCUGCUCAGCUGGCUAGAGCAACAACCAAGCUGUCCUUUAUGUAAGGCUCGACUUACAACUGUUCAAUAUGACCUGAAAGCAGCGCAAGGUCCAAAAAUAUACAGAGUGCCACUCGAAGAACGAUCCGGACAACAAUCUCGAGGCUCUGCGCUAGGUCGUGGAAGAUUCCCUGGCGCUCGACGAGCCAGGCCAAGACAUCCACGGUCCUGUCCACAUCCGCAAUCGGUAUCGGAUGACCCUCUCGCUGUCCGGCGGAACGUCUACCAGAACCAAUUAUACUCUCUCCGGGUUGGGUCAAAUCGCCUAUCGCAAUACAGUGAGGUGACACCAGGAGAUUUCAACCGUGAUGAAGCUUUAGUCUCGCGCGCGCGAAAGUGGAUUCGCAGAGAACUACAAGUCUUUAGCUUUUUGAACCCGGAGGCAGAGACGGAUGAGGUACGUGGCCGGGAUCGAGUACCUCGCCCAGGGAAUCAACGAUUGGAUGAACGCAGAGCGAAUAAUGCCGAAUUCUUGCUUGAGUACGUGAUUGCAAUCUUGCGAACUGUUGAUAUUAGAGGCAGUGCUGGCCAAGCUGAGGAGCUUCUACGGGACUUUGUCGGGCGCGACAAUGCUCGGCUUUUCCUGCAUGAAUUGUUGGCGUGGUUGAGAAGUCCUUACAUUUCAUUAGAGGAUUGGGAUCGCCAUGUGCAAUACCCUAGGCAAGCGCAGAAUACUAGUAAUAGGAACGACCGAGGCUCUAGUCGUCCAGCUUAUCCUGCAGCUCGUCCUCCCGCUCGGCCUCGCGAUACUGGUGAUAGAAGUUUAUUUGAUCGGAUCUCAAGACCUGACACAAGAAGAGGAACAGCAUCGAGGGGAGCUCGCUUGCAAUCUCGACCAUAUAACCGUCAUUCUAGACCGCCCCGAUAUCUUCUCGAUCGAUAUAUCCCAGACUAA